CCAGACACACGCUGACACACACAAUCAGCUGAAGUAUGCGGUAAUGGACGCUGAAUAUAUGCUGUAAUACGAUCAAACAAACUAGAUUUCAGAUUUACGAUUGUACUGGGAGACCUGCGAACAUCAGCAAAUGUCGUAACGUUUCCCAGCGCCCACUCAGCCGAGGUUUGCUUGGGAUGGCCAGGACCCAGGAACCAUCCCGUCUUGGCUCUCUAGAAGAAUUCUGGACUCCAGCUACAGACGAAGAGAAACAGGUCUUCCGUCAUCAUAUCUGGUCAUGAAGCUGGUCCUGCUGACUCUCAGGCUGCUGUGCCUUGCUUGUCUCUGGCCCGUCACCUUGCUCAACAACCCCUAUCCUAACCGGAAGAAAAACAAGGAUGUUUACUUGGCUGAGCAUGGCAAAAACAGAUUCAGAGGACGGAUUGACUACAAAUUAAAGAGAAAGGACAGCACUAAGUCCCUCCUGAUCAAAACUGAGCAGCUGCUAAGAAUCGAAGACCACGACUUUGCCAUGAGGCCUGGAUUCGGAGGAUCUGCCAUCCCUGUGGGCAUUGAUGUGCAGGUGGAGAGUAUAGACAGCAUCUCUGAAGUAAACAUGGACUUUACGAUGACCCUAUACCUGAGGCAUUAUUGGAAGGAUGAACGGUUGGCAUUUCCCUCCAGUAACAAUCUGAGCUGCACAUUUGACGGCCGGCUGGUAAAGAAGAUCUGGAAGCCUGAUGUCUUUUUCGUCCAUUCCAAGCGCUCCUUCAUCCAUGAUACCACCACGGAGAACGUAAUGCUGAGGGUUUACCCAGACGGCAACAGCCUUUACAGCGUCAGGAUUACAGUUACUUCUCUGUGCUCAAUGGACUUCAGCAGAUUCCCACUGGACUCCCAAAUCUGUUCCCUGGAAUUGGAGAGCUAUGCAUAUGCUGAGAGCGACCUCAUGCUGUACUGGAAAAAUGGCAAUGACUCUUUGAGGACAGAUGAGAUUGCUCUCUCUCAGUUCUUCAUUGAAGAGUUUCACCCCUCACAUGGUCUGGCACUGUACAGCAGCACGGGCUGGUACAAUAGGCUCUACAUCAACUUCAUCCUCAGAAGACACAUAUUCUUCUUUAUGCUGCAAACAUAUUUUCCUACAAUGCUGAUGGUUGUGCUGUCCUGGGUGUCUUUUUGGAUUGACAGGCGGGCAGUACCGGCCCGUGUCUCGCUUGGCAUCACUACAGUGUUGACUAUGUCCACCAUAAUUACGGGAGUGUCAGCGUCCAUGCCUCAGGUAUCAUAUGUGAAAGCGGUGGACAUCUAUUUGUGGACCAGCUUCCUGUUUGUGUUUCUGUCCGUCAUCGAGUACGCAGCCGUCAACUACUUCACUACUAAGGAGGAAAUGAAGAAACUCGAGCAAUUGAAGCUCUCGGGAUACGAUGCAUCUCAAGCCAUGGCGUUCGAUGGCUGUUUCCAUGACAAGGACAUAGAGCUCAGCACAUUUCCGUUGUCUGACCUAAACACAGACCCAUGCAUGUCCUCCAGGAACUCCACAAUGCCCGACCUCCCUCCCGUCCUGGGCACGCACCUCCGUCGGCGGCAUUCUAUCCGCCAAAGCGUCAACCAUAUCAUAAACAACAGUUACAAGAUCGACUCCUAUUCCAGAAUAUUCUUUCCUUUGGCAUACUUCCUCUUCAAUAUCAUCUACUGGAGCAUCUACCCCUAAGCGAGAGAGAAUGUCAUCCAGAAAACUGGCCUGCUCUGAGUUUAUAAGACUCUCAUAAACUUGAUUGCUUGAAUGUGAUCACAUUCAAACUCUCACACACACAGAAACUUUAUCACAGACAAAAGGUAUAAUAAAUUAUUUAUUAU